AAAAAAAUGGACGAUCAUCAUCCUCAGUACGGUGUACCGGAGCUUCGCCAGCUCAUGCAAGGCGGAGGUAGGACAACAACAACGGAAUCACCGUCGACCUCUUCUCAUUUUCCCUCUGAUUUCUUUGGCUUCAACCUAGCGGCGGCCCCACAACACCACCGACUAAGUCAGUUCACUACAGAACAGGAGAUGGGUUUCUUACCACGUGGCAUACAUGGACUGGGUGGGGGCUCUUCGGCGGCUGGAAAUAACAGUAACUUAAACGCGAGCAGCAGCGGUGGAGCAGUUGGGAUUAGCGGGUUUCUCGACGGAGGAGGUUUUGGCGGCGGCGGAGGAGGAGGAGAUGGCGGAGGAACGGGGAGAUGGCCGAGACAAGAAACCCUAACUCUGUUGGAGAUUAGAUCUCGUCUAGAUCAUAAAUUCAAAGAAGCUAAUCAAAAGGGACCUUUAUGGGAUGAAGUUUCUAGGAUUAUGUCUGAGGAACAUGGAUACCAAAGGAGUGGGAAGAAGUGCAGAGAAAAGUUUGAGAAUCUUUACAAAUACUAUAAGAAGACUAAAGAAGGCAAAGCCGGAAGACAAGACGGUAAACACUAUAGAUUUUUCCGGCAGCUCGAGGCGCUCUACGGUGACUCCAACAACUUGGUUUCUUGUCCCAGUCAUAACACACAGUUUAUGAGCAAUGCUCUUCAUGGUUUCCACACCCAAAACGCUAUGAACAUUACUACAACAACGUCUAACAUUCAUAACGUUGAUGGUGUUCAUCGUCAAAGCCUAAGCCUUUCUAACAACUACAACUCCUCUGAGCUUGAGCUGAUGACUUCGUCUUCUGAGGGGAAUGAUUCUAGCAGUAGAAGGAAAAAGAGGAGUUGGAAAAAUAAGAUCAAGGAGUUCAUUGAUAUGAACAUGAAAAGGUUGAUAGAGAGGCAAGAUGUUUGGCUUGAGAAGUUGACAAAGGCUAUUGAAGACAAAGAGGAACAAAGGAUGAUGAAAGAAGAGGAAUGGAGAAAGAGUGAAGCUGCGAGGAUCAACAAAGAGCAUUUGUUUUGGUCUAAAGAGAGGGAGAGGAUGGAAGCUAGGGACGUGGCGGUGAUUGAGGCUUUGCAGUUUUUGACCGGAAAGACGUUGGUAAAGCCGUUAUGUUCAUCCUUGGAGGAGAGGAUUAAUGGUAAUAAUGAGAUCCAAAACAAUAGUGAGAAUCAGAAUGAGAAAGAAAGCAACCAAACGAUGACUAACAAUGUUUCUGUCAAAGGAAGUGAUAGCUGCUGGAAUGAGCAAGAGAUUAUAAAACUUGUGGAGAUAAGAACUAGUAUGGACUCAGCGUUUCAAGAGAUAUUGGGAGGAUGCUCCCAAGACUUUCUAUGGGAGGAAGUCGCAGAGAAAUUGGUCAAGUUAGGGUUUGGUCAGAAAAGUGCUUUGUUAUGCAAGGCAAAGUGGGAGUGGAUAAGCAAUGGAAAGGAGAAAAUCAACAAGAAAAGGAAGGAAAAUUCGUCGAGCUGCGGAGUAUACUACUAUCCAAGAACCGAAGAAAAUACGAUGUAUAAUAAUCAAGAAAGUGAUUAUAAUGAUAAUGACCAGGGCAAUCAGGUGAAUGAACAAGGCAAUGUGGGUUCUUCAACAUCAAAUGCAAACGCAGCCGCUGAAAAUCCUAGCGGUGCAAUGGCCGCUAGUACAAACUGCUUCCCGUUCUUCAUGGGAGAUGGAGACCAGAAUCUGUGGGAGAGUUAUGGCUUGAGGCUAAAUAAAAGAGAUAAUCAUCAGUGA